AUGGCCACUCCAGUAUACCCCGUUCUCCCCGAGAAACUUCUUCUCAUCUCAUUGAAGAUGUACUUCGCCCCAGAUCGUACACUCAACUACCUGCGCAGUCUACUAGACCUCGUCAAGCCAGAGAAUAGCGAAAAGCUAGCCUUAGCGUUAAUUCCAGACUUCCUAACAAUCUGGCCAUGUGCCGAAAUCAUCCAAGAACACAAAAGCAAGCUUGGAUCAAACGCUUUCUUCCUUGGUGCCCAAGACUGCAUGUGGGAGGAUAGCGGCGCUUACACAGGCGAAGUGUCACCAGCGUCUAUCCGGUCGCUAGGAUGUUCGAUUGUCGAACUAGGCCACGCUGAGCGCCGUGCCUUAUUCGGCGAGACGGAUGACCAGACCGCGCGCAAGGCAGCUGCGACCUGUGCACAGGGAAUGGUGCCUCUUGUCUGUAUAGGCGAGAUCACUGCCCCUGGGCCCAUUGCUUCCCAGGCUGUUGGUCAGGCUGUGACUGAGUGCUCUGUUCUGAUACGAGCUGUGCUGGCUGCUAUACCUACCGAUGCACCUAUAAUUUUUGCCUACGAGCCUGUGUGGGCAAUUGGGAAGCCCAAGCCUGCGGGAGUGGACCACGUCGCUGCAGUUGUAGAAGGACUUCGUCGCAUGAUCGGUUCAAGACCUGGUGCUACGCGGGUGCUAUAUGGAGGCAGUGCGGGGCCUGGUCUUUGGGGAGCUGGUGGACUCGGCAAAGCUGUUGAUGGCAUGUUUCUAGGUCGAUUUGCGCAUGAGAUUGACGGUGUGCACAAGGUCGUCCGUGAAGUGGAAGAGAGUCUGGGUAUCUGA